UUGGCUUUAAAGGUCAUUCUGUGGUUGAGUUGUUUCGGUUCGGGUGUAUCAUAUAAGACAUGAUUGGGUGUAUUUUGUAUCAUAUCUAUGGGUGUAUUCACAGUUCUGAUGGUUUAUUGUGCAGCCUCUCUCUGUUGUUGAUGACGAGCUUGUUCCGAAGGUUGGAAUGACCUUUAGGACCCUUGAAGAUGCCGGAAAAUUUUACAGGGACUAUGCCAAGGCUGCAGGUUUCUCUACAAGAGUUCGGUGCACAAAUAGGAAGGGAAACGAGAUUAAGAAUCAACUGAUUACAUGUAGCAGAGAGGGAAAAUGGAAAUCUAAAAUAUCUCCAACCGAGAAGACCAAUCCGACAGCCGGUUUAAACUGUCCUGCAAGAAUUUAUAUACACACAUUGAAGGAUGUCGGUGCUUGGAUCAUUUCAAAGGUUGUGCUGGAUCAUUCACACCCCUGCUGUCCAAGCAAAGCAGAGAUGCUCAAACAGCACAGGGAACUAAGCAUGUCCAUUCGUCGUACGAUAGAGAAUAACGACGAGGCCGGUAUCAGACCAAGCAAAACCUACCAAUCAUUUGUUGCGGCUGCCGGGGGUCACCGCGAGUUAAAUUUUAUCGAAAAGGACGUGAGGAAUUACAUUACCAGGGAAGUGCGGAAUGUUUCCGAACAAGAAGAUGCAAAGGAAUUCGGGAAAUAUUUCUUAAGAAUGAAAGAGAAGAAUCCGAAUUUCUUUUUUGAGCUCGAACUCGAGGAGGAUCAAUCGAUUAAGCUGGCCUUUUGGGCCGACGCAAGAAGCAGAGCGGCCUGUGAGUAUUUCGGAGACGUCAUUUCAUUCGACACCACCUACAAUACAAACAGGUAUAAUUUGGUCUGUGGUUCUUUUGUCGGGGUGAAUCACCACGGCCAGUCAACACUUCUCGGAUGCUCUUUGAUGAAGAACGAAGAAAUUGAAUCAUUCAAAUGGUUAUUUCAAUGCUGGCUUCGUUGCAUGGGAGGAAACGCUCCGAAAGGUUUUCUCACCGAUCAGUGCGCAUCAAUGAAAAGGAAGAUUCCAAGCAAAUUAAACGGGUACAAGGCACACGCCGAUAUCGAACAACAAAUGAGCCAUGUUGUUUGGAACUCUCACAGCAAAGACUCGUUCGAUAGGAAUUGGAACGAUUUUCUGGUGAAUUUUGGUCUUGCCGACAACAAGUGGCUCUUAGGUAAUGUGUUUUUAAAUUCUGCAGCAGAGGUGUAA